AUGGCGGGAGAUGAUCCGUUCGCUUUUCUCGCAACCCAGGAACCCCCCAAACCCCUCGAGUCAUCCAAGUCGGUUAGACGGUUAAAUUGGGGAGGACAAAAGACUGGUGGUGACCAGAAAUCUAAAUGGCGUGAGAAGCUGUUUUCGAAAGACCGUGACGCUAAACAGGCAGAGGCUACUGAGCGCCAACUAGACGACUUUUUGGGACUCAACCGCCCCAAACCGAUAUCUGAAUCCCUGCCAGCCAUACCUUCUGUCUCCGAUCCCAUAUUUGAACCGGACACAUCACAACGACGCGACUUGUCUACGCCGCCAUCUCCUCCUAAACAACAUGCCACCCUCUCCCCGCAAGCCAGUACUCAGGCUAGUCCGCCGAAACCACGCCGACGCAAAGGGCUACGAGUGACUUUUACGGAUCGGCCGCCAGAAGUUAUGGGUGAAGGUGGUGAUGAAUCUGAAGAACCCACAGUGGAAAUAUCUCGCAAGAAAGGUCGCCCUAUGAAGGCUGUCUCGAAAUCACAUAUUGAUGAUGGAGGAUACGAAGACCUACAAGAUCGCCGGCCCACUCUACCCGAGCUACACCUAGAUACAUCUUUUGCUAGUGGUGCUACGGCAAGCGAACCUGAAAAAGCACCGGCCUGGAAGCCGCUGUUGAUAAGUCCGCAGGAUCAGGACUUUCUCAUGGCGUUGAACUCUGGCGAGCCAGGGUCAAGGCUAUCUUUCCGAGCAUCCCCCGAUUCGAAAUCAUUUGCCCAACGGAUACAUGCCCGAAUGCAGGAGGAAGAAGGUCUUGCGUUACAGCAUCGUCUACGGCAGGAAGAUCCUACCUCACCCACUGAAGAAGAUGACGAGCCCCAGCACCGACAGCAGGCAUCACUACCGACCCGUCCGUCAUUCACAUCGCAGCGGUCCCAGCUUUCCCAGCAGUCGUUAGACGUUGAUGUUGGAACACCUACCUUGUCACUUCGGACGACUCCGGUCCCGGCUGUCCAUGAUCAGAUCAAAGCGCUUCGACGUGAAGACAUUCCUGAGAUAUUGUCUCCCGGAGGAAGUUCUUCUAGCAGUCUUUCACCAACGGGUGAUGAGUCCAAACCUGCGUAUCCGACCAGUGAAGCAACCCAUCCUCAGUCAACUCCUCCACCGCAGUAUCAAGUGGCUCCACCUCCCCCAGUGAUAACAGAGCCUGCCAAGCCGUCCAGUGCUGCUUCUGCGCCGCGUUCAGCAAAGAUGACUCUUCGGUCGGUGGCUAAUGCGAUGGGUGACACUGCGUACCAGGAGUUUACGGCUUAUGUGGAGAGAUUCAGUAGUCUGUACGGGUUAGCCGCAGAGAACGUGAAACCGCUAAUGGAAACGUCAUUUGCUGAAUGGGUGAGAGCCUCCACGUGGUGGUUUCUUCGCGGUAGAUCUAGAUUGGAAUCUGCUGUACGUUCGGGACGCAAUCCGGAGACCGUCGAAGCUACCCAGGCGGUGGUUGAUCUUGGCAAAGCAUGGUGGAUCUCUACGCAAAUUGUGCCAAAGCAUCCUGAGGUGACCCGAUACGGUAGAAUGAGUAUUGAUACCUUGGUGGCUGUGGUCAAUACAACAGGAGACCAUAGGAUGGCGGGUUUAGUCAAUAUACACCAAAAGAUUCUGAAUCAUUUACGUGCCUUGACCGUAUCUAUGAAACGCAAUCAGAUUCUGUCCGCUAUAGGGUCGAACUCUCAUGUCAAUGACCAUCCAUUAGACACUAACAUCUGGGUGCGGUAUCCGUUUUUUGCACCCGAUGUGGCGGCUGCAGUUUCGGGCUCAAACCGACGCUCUAUGUUGGUUGACUCCUCCCCAUUGGCAAGUACCCCUGAGAUGAUGUUAGUGGGCGAUACGAGCCGAUAUUUCAGCUACGGGACUAUGUUUGUGGAAGUCUCUUUGACUGGAGACGAAGAGGAUGAUACCACCCAAUACGCCAUUCAAUGUGUACUGUCCAUCAGACGAGACAAAUCUGACUGGUACGUUCUUGCGGCUAUUUCCAGUCAAAGUGAACUCGUCAACAUCUUGAUUCAAGGCGACCGAAAAAACGGACCAACGUGGGACGAUGUCCAAUGGCAGGUGAAAGCGCGGACGAUGACAGUGAAACUUCGACGCGGCUUUCAAUUGAAUGUGGCAUUCCAAGAAAAGGACUUCAAGAUGCUUUGGAACAUUGUUCAAUACACUCUUAAGACAGAAGCGAGCCUUAAGCCUGAGGCCGGUGAAAAGCGGAUUUUCCAUGACACUCUCAAAAUGUUUCAGUACAUGGACUCGGGCACGCCGAAAGCCUUCCCUUCCGAACCCUCGCCACUUUGUCGAAUGGCGCUGUUUGAAAAGACUGUUACAUGGACUGAAGGCACAGGAACCCGUAAAGCUCACCGGGGCUUCCGACUUUCUGUGGUAACAAGUCCUCAGACCAAGACACUCAGCGGCGUCCAACAUACUCUAGGGCAUGGUGCGCCUAUUGUGUUUGGUUAUCUUCGUGGUGAGAAUGGAUCGCCUGCACUGUUGCUUAAGUUGAAGGAAGAUUCAAGGGCGCGUUCGAUGGUGUUGACUUUCGAUCGCAUCGAACAGCGAACUUUGAUGCAUUCUCUCUUGCUUGGUAUGCUCGCCGGUGACAAUGAGAUCACCUAUCCUAAUCUCCCAAUUCGCUCUUAUUCGAUAGAAGAGGCAUGCGAUCCUGUGACAGGAGGACCAGGAAUGUCUCACCUCAAAUUCAAUGCGGGAGCUGUGUCCGUAAUCGACUUGGAUUCAUCUCAUCUUGAACAUAACUUUGGCCAUCAGGUACUUUCUCAGAACCUCCGUGCGCUGGUCAGUACCGACUGGGGGACUGUUACGGAUCGUAUCAACCUAGGCCCUGGUGAAAUGAAAAUUGGGCUUGAUAUCAAUUCCAACACUACCUUCACAAUGUAUCGCGCACGCCAAGAAGACGUGACAGUGGCUAUUGCGGAGAAUCUUGUGGAAAAAGAGCUUCCCGACCGCUUGACGCAAUUUUUGGAAGCGUCCAAGACUAAACCCACGAUUCGGCGUUUCGACUUCAACUCGAUUGAAAGUUUACAUAAAUUCGAGGAGUUGAUGACUGGAUUCCGAGUCGUUUUCGAUGGCACAGCAACCAGCUUUGCCAUUGCUCGUCGACGCAUGGUCGUUCCAAUUCAUAAAAAAUGGGAAGCGAGCGGAGUGCGACUACAACUCGUAGCGCAGAACAAAACAAUUCAACUGGUUGCUUUCUUUGGCAACGACUUCAGUCACGGCAAAUGCAUGAAUUUUGUGUUGAGAGGAACCGAUAACUACGAAAGCUCCAGCCGGUCGGGGAAGUUUACAGUCCGAAUCAUUGAUGCUAAAUUUGCUCUUCCCAAAAGAAAUGAAGAGGAGGCAUCCGGAUUUGUCUGCUUGGAUAUGCUGGACUAUGCGAGUGAGCAUGAUGACAUUACCAUCGGGUUUGAAUCCGAGCAAGGUAAGGAAACCCUAAUGGAGCCUGCAGACCACUUAUGCUAA